AUGAGUAAUCGUUCCAAUCAAACAUCUAAUUCUAAUCACUUAUCAUUUCAUUGUCCUAGUGGUGAAUUAUUAUGGGGUCAAUUACAUUGUAUCUGUGAAGGUUAUUUCAAUCGUCUCCAUAAUCGAUAUGAUAUUCCUCAAUCAAUACCUGAAACAUUGGAAGGAGGGACAAUAUUACAAUGUUCAUAUCAAUAUCGAUGCCGAGCUGCUAAAGGUGGUUGGCAAGCUAAAUUAUAUCGCACUCGAUUGACUUUGGAAUCUGAAUCAUUUCAUUCAAGCUAUAUUAUCUAUAAUAUUCAUCAUAAUCCAGUUGAAAUAUUACGACGUUGUGCUGCUUUUGGUAAAUCUCUUUAUCAAUCCCAUAAUGAUCAUAGUAUUAUUUAUAUAAAUCGAUAUGAUUGGUCUUGGCAUCAUCAUUAUAAAUUCGAAUCUGAGAUUAAUCAAUUAUUAGACAUUGAUAAUAGCAAUUCUGACGAUGAUUAUUCAUUAAAAAGAUUAUUUGGUGGUCUUAUAAUGAUUAUCGACUCAGAUUCAGCUAUAAAUAUUAUUCAACAACUGAAAUCUAAUUCCACUGAACCUGAUGAUUCUCCAGAAAAACUAUUUAUUCAAAUUUAUCAUGAAUCGAAUAAUCGAGUUGGAUUACAUUUAUCAAUUCCUAAUACCAAAUAUGAAUUCGCAUGGUUAGUAUUCAGUAGUAAUCAGCCUAAUGCAAAGUUACUUGGAAUAGUCUAUGAUGGAACUUACACUUUGUUAAAAGGUCAAAUUAUACUCGAUCAAGAAGAUGUUGUCAGUUGGAAUGAAUAUGAAUAA